CGGCAGCACUCAGUUAUGGAGGCCAUCACCAAGCACCGCACUCUCCUGCUCUGGGCAGCGGGCCUGGGGGCAUCCAUGGCCGUCACCUGGCUCUUGCUAUCUAGAAGGAAAAAGAAGAGGCAGCUGAGGAGGGUGGGUGAAGUGUCCCAGCUCUUCCUGUAUCCUGUGAAGUCCUUUAGAGGAAUCCCCCUUCAAGAAGCCGAGUGCAGAGAGUAUGGACUGAAAAAUGGCCAGCUCAGAGACAGGCAUUGGCUUGUUGUAAAGGAGGACAAAGUCCAUGUUACAGCACGGCAGGAGCCACGAAUGGUGCUGAUAACGGCGACCUACGGCAAAGGCCACUUAACCCUUAGCGCCCCAGAAGCGGAUGAUCUCCAAAUCCCACUGAAGCUCCCUACAAGGAAUGCAAUUUUUACAUGCAAGGUUCACGGCAAUGAGGUCCAGGGCAGGGACUGCGGAGAUGAAGCCUCGGACUGGGUGACCAGCUUCUUAAAGAGCUCUCAGACUUAUCGGAUGGUAUACUUCGAAGACCAAAUGAAGCCCAGGAAUCCGAUCAAUGAGUACCCACUGUAUAACGAAAACGACCAGGUGGCGUAUCCUGAUCUUGCCCCCUUCCUGCUGCUCUCUGAAGCCUCACUGGCAAAUCUCAACACUAAGCUGGAAAAGAAAGUAACCAUUAGAAACUUCCGUCCUAAUAUAGUCAUUUCUGGAUGCGACGCGUUUGCUGAGGACACCUGGAAGGACAUACAGAUUGGCAGAGAGGUGAUUCUGAGACGCGUCAUGCCUUGUCCCAGAUGUAUCCUAACCACUGUGGAUCCUGAUACUGGAAUUAUUGAUAUGAAGGAGCCGCUGAAUACGCUACGGAGUUAUCGCCUCUGUGACAUGAAGGACAAAGAAGUCUUCAAGUCGUCUCCACUUUUCGGUCAAUUUUUAAAGCCGCUGAAGAGGGGUAUAAUAAGAGUUGGGGAUCCGGUGUACCAGAUAACAUACUGAGCGCUGAAGAACAUGCCCAUCCAGAGACUAUAAUCGUGAGAUUCAUGAAAUUCUGUAUAUUCUCAUUCAGCCAAUCAUCAGAAGCUAUCAUUACUCUCUCUGAACUGGAAAACUCAGUGGGGCAGAUCUGAUAAUAAAAAUGCGCCAGAAUUUUGACAAAAAAUAAUUCUAGAAUAGAGUAAGCUAAGUAACACUAGACAGUGUAAGGAUGUGUAAAGUGGUAGGAGUGGUACCGAUGGGGAUGCCAUGUUUUACUAUGUUGGUAUAUGUGGAGGCCGCUGUGCUUGGGGAGCAGCAGCUCACUGGGGGUAGAGACGAUGAGUAGUCUGGGAGGUGCACCUUGUCAAUAUGGCACUGGGGAAUGUCCGUCCCAGUCGCCAUUGUUGGUAGGGGAAGAUGACCUUGUUGGCUUCAGUGUGGGGUCUUGAGCGUUGCCCACAUAAGCUUAAGUCAGCAUAUAAGGGACUGGGCAUCACCCACCACUCAGAUGAAGUGAAGCGUUUGUUGAGUGUGUGUGGUCAGAGGGAUAAGGUACCUUAAAGGGGUUGUGCAAGAAUGAGGGGGUUUUGGCAACCCCUCCCCCCCACACUUGGCCAGACUGUUCCCAGAGAUGGAUACUCACUCCGUCUCCUUUCGACCUGCUCCACUGCUCUCCCUCGCUGAAAACAUUUGGUUUGAAUGCCGCAGCAGUGACCGCCUCCCCUUAUGUCAUGAGAAAUGGUCACACGAUGCAAGGGAAUAUGGUCACCGGCACCGCCGCAGCCAACGGUUGGCUGCAGGUGGCAUCCAACCGGAUGUUUUCAGCGAGGGAGACGAGUGGAGCAGGCCGGAAGGAAACGGAGUGAGGAUCCAUCUCUCGGAAGCAGGUAAGUAAGCCUCCCUUUACAGGCCUGGCUAAGUGUGGGGGGAAGGGGUUGCCAAAACCCCCUCAUUCUUGCACAACCCCUUUUAAGCUAAUGGGAGCUCUGCCCAGUGAGGAAGGGGGAAACGACAGCGAGUAAUAUUUCUCCAUUCCACCCCACAAACUUUAUCUUUUUCUUCAUAGUUCCUCAAUCACAUUAAAUGUUGCUGUUAAAAAAUAGAACUUAGGCCUCAUACACAAAACCGUAUUUUUAAUCAGUGUCCGAUCUGCAUUUUUUUUGUGGAUUGCACAUGGACCCAUUUAUUUCUAUGGGUCAGCAAAAAAAAAAAAAAAAACGGACCGCAUCUGUGUGUCUGUUCUU